UGUUAAGGUCGAUUACCGUAAUUACCGUGGAUACGUGGAUGACCGUGAAUGACUGUAUAGAUCUGUAGAGUGCUGUAGUUCGUGUAGAUGAAGUUUAAAGGGAGAAGGUGACUUCUUAUUCUCGAUAAUGUUAUGCUUUUAAGAUUUGAUCCGUAAAUCUGUGCAUUAUGGCUUCUGCUUCGAGUACUAGUGCUAGAAGUCUGUUUGUAGAUUCAAAAUUACGGCUUGCCGAUCGAGUACAAGUGAAUGUCAAUAACAUUGCGUCAGUAGCAAGGCAAAUACAGCGUGGUGCUAGGUCAAAUGAGGUGUUGAUGCAUGCAGCAAGGAACUUUGCUUUGCAAGAACAUGCUAUUGAAAAUACAGAGUCUAACCUAAAGAAACUGCAGCUAAUAUCAGCUCAUCUGGGAUUUCAACAAGAAUCACUAUUGAAGAGUGCAGUGUUGAUGGAAGAAGUAAAAGAACAAGUUCGUGCCAUGCAGCGUUAACAUUUUAUAUGACAUACUUUGUAAUUGCAUAAUUAGCUUGAGUCUGUAGGCUGUGUUGAAUGCUAAUGGAGAAGGAUGUUGAUAGGUAAUAACAGAUGGUGAAUAUGCAAUGAAUUGUUUACAUAGUUAGUAUACAGAAUCAGUGAAAUGCGAAAGUAGCAUAAGAAUUUAUAAAGGCUUGUAACUGUACAACUACCUACUGCAGUGGUCUGGUGAUUAAUAUACGAGUUUAGUAUUCAUAGGGUUAUGAGACUGAUCUUAAUUGAUCGUUAUCUGUCAGUAUAAUUACAGUCAUUCACCUGAAGAAAGGGUAUUUGAGCACACUUCCAUAAAGUAUGUUAAAUGUACCUGAGAUUGUGGACAGUAAAAAGUAAAGUAAUGUAAAGCAAAGCUAUCCCUG